AGCAGAAAAUUCAGGUAUAUGAGAAACGAAUUCGCGUAAUUUUGACGCGUUAAGAAAAAAAUAACCUACGACAAAGAGCACAAGGAACUAUCGAAAUGACACUUCUUGUUAGAAGGCGAGUAGAGAAGCCAGCGCUAUUAUGCGUCGUUAUGUCAGCGUCCAUCGUAAGCCUUUUCCUCCUGUAUAAUUCCUCUGCUGAUAGAGUCUCCAAUUUAGUUCUAGAGCACAGACAAAAUUAUGACCAAACUCUCUCUGGGAUCAACACUCAAUCUCUGAACUCUGAGGAGACUCGGUCGGAUGAUCCACGCCUGAUCGACAUCAUCCGUAAACUCUACCUGAUGCCGGCCUCCACUGAGCCGUACGCGUUUGCAGCAGCGUCGCUUCCUUCCGAUGGCCAGGCAACAAUUGUCGACAACUUUUUCAAACAAAAGACGCACGGGUUGUUCGUAGAGUGCGGCGCUUUCGACGGCCAGUAUCUCUCAAAUACGUUAUUCCUGGAACGCUUCCGAGCCUGGACGGGCUUGCUGAUAGAGCCCGAGCCUAGCAACUUCGAGGAUUUGAAGAAUCGGCAUCGCAAGGCCUUAAUUGCUAACUCAUGUCUCUCAAGUAAACCACAUCCAAGUGAGUUCGUCCUACGACAAGAUAGGGCCCUGAGCGAAAUCCUGGACGUCAAAAACAUAAGUUACGAUCGUGAAACUGGCGGAACUGGGGACGUGAGCUAUAAUAUAGUGCAAUGCUUCCCCUUCUACUCUUUCUUACUGGCCGCCAACAUCACCACCGUCGAUUACUUCAGCCUCGAUGUUGAGGGGCAGGAAUUCAAUGUGCUCAAGACGAUACCGUGGCACCGAGUCGAUAUCAAAGUGAUCUCAGUGGAGCACAAACACGUAAAGGAAGGAAAGGCGGCCGUCAACGCCUAUAUGGCGACGACAGGCUACGUCGACUACGAUGAAUUGGCAGACGGCUACGGCACGCCCAGUGACGUCAUAUAUGUCAGACGAGAUCUCUUGGCGUGAUGAAAUCUCGAAUAAAGAUAAACUUCCUAUAUUGAUAAGUCUCAUUUAGCGAUUAAAUGUCUCAUGCCGAUUAAGAUUCUAGGUGCAGAUGAAAUUUCAUAUAAGUGUCGUUAGUUAAGCAGAAAUUGUCCUUAAAACAAGUUUUGUUGAAGACUAGAAAGUAAUUCGUGAAAACGAUUUUAUUUUUCUUCACAGUUGGGCAAGUUAGACUUCAGGGUUGAUUUGGUUAUUAACUAACCCUCAUGCAUUCUUAGCUAGUCAGUCUCUGGAAAGCCUUUUAAUAACAAGAAACACUCGAUACCAGCUCACUAAGUUAGAAACUUUUUAGCUCAAAUUUCCUCGUCUUUUCAACAGUUGCCACCCUGUCAGGUUUUUUUGCUCCACUAGAUCGUUCUUUUUUAGCACUGCAGGAUUGAUGAUUGAUCAUUGUAACCGCAGUAGUCAUCUAACCAUUUGAUGAGAAGGUUGCGCCAAGCAUGUUCAAUUUUCCAUAGGAUAAUUCAUUUAUACGUACUGAGCUCAAAUAUGAUAAUGAUUUCCGGAUUUAACUGUGAAAUCCGCUAUUAGUUAUAGAUCCUAUCAAAUAGUUUAAGUUUGUGAUUAUAACAUGAACGUUUGGCCUUUAGCAUAGGAGUUAUUUCAUACUUCCUCGCGGUUGCUAGCUUAACGUGUCUGACUUUUAAUUCAUCUCAACUGUUCACGUGAGAUAAAUCGCAUUAGCUGAUGACAGUUAUGUCUCGUUGGAAAACGACGAGGGUUUUUCGAUGUGUAGCUCCUGGUGUUGAAACAUACGGAUGACACCUAUAACCCUUUCUUGUAUAGUUUAAUGCUCUUCCGAAGCUCAUUCGUAUUUCGGCAUUUACUGAUGCCAGAUUUGCUUGUCGGCACUUUUCCACGUCGAUAGAUAAUUUAAUUCAUGUAACGCUGCCCCAACUGAACCUUGCACCAAGUUUGAAUCGUAAAACUUAGAUUUUGACUGACCUUUCACUUAGAAUUCAACACAGUUAUAUCUCAGCUAAGAUAAUUCGAACAUGUUAGAAUUUUUCAUCACUAUAUGUAUGGGCAAUUCUCCUUGGCUAGUUGCUAAGCUACUGUUACUUGUUGGAACAUACCAUUUUCAUUUGUUAUAACUAUUUUUGAGAAUGAUCGUACGAAAUUUCUUACUGAUGAUUUCUUCGUGAAAUUUUAUUUUUCUUGUGACGUUAUCAUUGUUUUCAGUAUACGGACGCUGCUCACGGAAAUAAAUUUGAAUCCACAGAUUUUAAUUUCCGAACAAAUGAUCCUAGAACUCGGUUGAUAGUACGAAGAAGUUGAACUCCGUAAGUUGACCGAGACAAGUUAAAUGAUUAUGAAUUAAUUAAAAUAACGGUGCAGUGAUAUCAGGAGUAUUUCUAUAACAUCUGGUAAUAGUUGACCGUUUUGUAUAAAUAAGUGACUUGAGUAAAAGUUUGAGGUAAA